CGGGACGGCCAAUGGGAUGCUGUGCAUGGCCAUCGCCUCCUACGAAGAGCUGUGCAGCCUUCAGGGGAUACGUGUUGGCGCGUGGAGACCGUCUGCGCAGUGCCCUGCGAGUGACCCGUGCCUUGGUCUGGCCUGCGGGGAGAACGAGUGGUGUGGAGAGCAGGCAGGGAGAUGGGGCUGUUACUGCUACAGAGCUUCUGAGCCCAUCCAAGUGGCUGACUAUGACUACCAGCUGGCCUGCAGGGGCGGUAACAGCUCAGUGUCCCUGUCCCGCUGCCUGCUCUUCUCCGACGGCUUCCCCUCGGAGGCCUUGCACCUGGCCGACCCCAGCUGCACCGGCACCCUCGUCAGGGAGAGACUUGUCUUCUACUUCAACAGCACACAGCAGAGCUGCGGGACCACGGUGACGGUCAACGCCACCCAUGCCACUUACUCCAACGAGGUGCAGGGCCGGGUGGGCAACACCUAUGGAGGGAUGAUCAGCCGGGACAGGCUCCUCUUCUUGCACUUCUCCUGCGCCCAGCCACUGAGCUUCAACCUGUCCAUCCCAAUGGCCAUCCAGCCCAUACAGGAUGUCGUUAACUCAACCCUCCCCUCCGGCCAAGGGAGCUACCUGACCACCAUGGUCCUGUACCAAGACCCUCGAUACAGCAAACCCUUCACCCAGAGCCCCAUCCCACUCACUGUCAACCACAGGGUCUACGUGGACAUCAGGGUUUCGGGGUUGGACCCCAGCCAUUUUGUGCUGACCUUGUCAUCGUGCUGGGCCACUCCGGACCGAGACCCCUCCUCCAGCAUCCGAUGGGAUCUCAUCACCAACCAGUGCCCCAGCCUGCGAGAUGGCACAGUGACAAUCGAGGAGGACGGCGUCUCCACCAUCAGCCGCUUCUCCUUCAAUGUCUUCGAGUUCAUCCCAGACUUAGAGCUGGUGUAUCUGCACUGCCGCGUCCGGCUCUGCAGCCCCCAGGCGGCCACAUGCACCAUGCACUGCGCCAGGCCGGGCUCUGCUGUGCAGGGCAGGAAGCCUCCAUCGGGGGUCGUGUCCGCUGGCCCUUUCCUGAAGUACGACGAAGCUGCCGACCAAGGUCUGCAGCUGGCCAGCGGGAGCCCUCGCUCUCCCACCGGCUCCCCACUCCUGCAGCUGCUGCUCAGCACCUCCUGCCUGCUCCUUGCUAGAGCCCCCUGAGCCGGGGCCCAGGGCCAGGCCUGGGCAGGGGGUUCGAGGUGCAAGGCCUCAGGGAGCCCUGGGAGGGCAGGCAGGGGGUGGCCAGGCAGGCAGGCAGCCAGUCAGUGCUCUGGGAAGAGGGGCUGAGCUGGUCCCCUGCCCCCCAGCACCCUCACGGGGACCGAGUGAGGCCACAGCCCUAGCAGGUGAAGGAGGAGCCUGGGAGAACCAAGGGAAUCCCAGUGCCCCCAGCCUGCCUGCCCCCUCUACGGUACGGGGUGAAUAAAGUGAGUGCGAGAAUCUCUGGGCUGUGACUAGUAGCCUGGCGUCGCCACAACAGGGCAGGGGGCUGGCAGGGGGGGCUGGGAGCCAGGACUCCUGGGUUCUAUCUCCAGCUCUGGGAGGGGAGGGGGUCUGAUGGUCAGAGUG